CAAGCUUAAAAGAAAUCUGACGAACGAGUCAAAAAGUUAAAGUUGUUUUCUUUUCAAUCAAAUCAAAUUUUUAAAAAUCGUCAAAGAAGCUUCAGUAAUCGUUUAAAUCUGUGAUAUAUUUCCAAGACUAUCGUAAUUCUUCUAGUGUAACGACUGCGGACACCAAGGAAAAGUCCUAACAAAAUGACUAACAAGUACGAUGCACUAAAGCCCUACGGUAGCGACAGCGAUGACAGUGGUGACGAAGGUACAGAUUUUGACGUCGAUAAGCUGGAACCGUUGGAGAUUGGACCGGGAGAGCACAAGUUACAGUACACGUACUGUCUUUGGUUUGGGAAGAAAGGGUCACAUAGGGCUGCGGAAUACGGGAAAUCGCUACACUUUGUAGGGCGAUGUGCCAGUGUAGAGCAGUGGUGGACGCUCUAUUGCCAUUUAGUUAAGCCUACCGUAUUGAAACCGUUCCGAAAGUUACAUCUGUUUAAGAGUGGCAUAAAACCCAUGUGGGAGGACCCUGGAAAUGUGCGUGGUGGUAAAUGGGUAAUUCGGUUGAAGAAAAACAAAAUCGACCGCGCAUGGGAGAACGUAUGCAUGGCAAUGCUCGGAGAGCAGUUCCUGGUGGGUCCGGAAAUAUGUGGUGUCGUACUGUCGACACAAUUUCCAGAAGAUCUUUUAUCGAUCUGGAAUCGAACCGCAACAGACACAACCAGUACCAACCGAAUCCGGGACACGUUACGAAGAAUUCUGAACCUACCUCCUUCGACACAUAUGGAGUAUAAGCCACAUUGCGAUAGUCUCAAGUACCUUUAAUACUGCUGUAUCGUAUUUACUCUCGUUAUUCUGUCGGAUUUUCGCCUCUUUCUGUAACGCCCAGGAUGGAUGGUCAUC